CGUCUAGUUACGUGAAGUUGAGCUGAAGCUUUUUUGAAGAUUUCGAUGAUACACAAUGGCUGCUUAUAAAGAUAACAUUUAAACUCUGCCAGUUUCAUCCUUGAACCAUAGUUUUGCUUCAACAAUAGCUCUGAAAUGCGCGGUUCUUAGCGCCGUUUUUUAUAAACCUUAAUGUUAACUUUACAUCUCUCACCGCAACGAGGAAGUUGGCUGAGGAACAUGUCAUCCAAAUUCAACUUCAGCCUUAGGAGAAAAGAGAAGAGGGAAUUUCGGAAUAUAGCUCAUGGUUUGAUCCCUGCUGCCACCAUUGCCCCCAGACCUGCUGUUCCCCGCACCCCUCCUCCACGAAGCCCCAAUCCCUCUCCAGAAAGACCCAGGUCUGCUUUGGCAGCUGCCAUAUUGUCUUCCUCACUGACAGGCCGUACUGUUGCCAUCCCUUCUCCACGCCAAAGAUCCUAUUCUGAGAGUGAUUGUUCACGUGCAGACAGCCAAGCUGAUUUUGAGCCCUAUGCCACAGCACUUUACACCAGGGACAGAUGGCCAGGUUCAGUGACAGGAAGACCCCCUGGGCCUUCCCCGGGACGCACUGUUGAGGAUGAAGAUGAUGAUGAUGAUGAAGGGGACGACAUUGAUGAGGUGGAGGGAUUAGAGAGAGAUGAAGAUCAUGUGUAUCAGUCUCUUGAAAGACAGAGCAGAGCUGAUGACACUAAUAUUGUUUAUGCUGUGCCAUUAAAACACAAAAAGAACGAGACCGAUUCAGAUGUUGAUGAAGAGACUGAAGACUCUGCAUUUGAUAUUGUGUCCCCCUUACAGACUGAAGAAGAAAUUGUUGUUCCGGAAGGAGCUGCUCGAACGCAGCCAUCAUCAUUACCACAGCCAAGAUCAGUCUCUCGGAGGAGCAUGGCAUCUCCAGAACUGGAGGACUGGAGCUCUCCCAGAUCAAAGAGUAAAAGCUCGCGGACGAGCAAAGAUAGCCCAGUGAGAGUUAAUGAGAGAGACAGAAGUCCAGAGGACAGUGAAGUGUUGCGCAGUACGCUAGAGGUACAGCACGCUCUUGUAAAGGAGCUAAAGGAGCAGAAUCAAAUUCUGAGCCAGGAGAAAGAGACGCUGGAGAAGAGAUGUUUACAGCAGAGUCAGCACAUGAAGCAUCUCCAGCAGGAGCUUUGCCACACUCACAGAGAGAGAGGAAACUCCACAGGUGAAGGCUCUGAGUUAUUGAGUCUGAGACAACAAGCACAGGAGCUGGUGGAUGAGAAUGAUGGCUUGAAGAUGACUGUCCACCGUCUUAACGUGGAGCUUAGCAGAUACCAGGCCCGAUUCCGACCUCUCACCAAAGACGAGAAUGCUCAGCUUAAGGGCCUACCAGUGAAAGGACCUGCACCUCCUUGGCUGCUGGAUAUGAAAUAUUUAUCACCCCUGCUUCUGGCCUAUGAGGACCAUCUGAAUGCCAAAGACAAACUCCUCAAGUCCUGUGAGGAAGAACUACAGAGUCUAAGAGUGCGUGCAGAGGAGGUCAUUCAGGAAAAUGAGAAACUUAAUGCUCAGGUCAGCAAAAGCAGUACUGUCAGCAACAAAGAAUGGAGGCAGCUGCAGGAACAGGCUCGCUUAGUGCUGGAGGAGAAUCAAGUUUUGAUAGAGCAAUUGGAAUUACAGCAUGCCAAAGCUAAAGAAGCUCACAGCAAACAUACACAAGAAGUGUGCAAGGUGUCCAAAAGAGUGAUGUUGUUGGAGGCAGAGAAGCAGUCUCUGGAAAAAGAGCUGGAGGUGGAGCGUAAAGAGCAUCGUGCCCUAAAGACAGAGUUUCAGAGAGUGCGCUUGGCUCUAGAACACUCCCUGAGCUUGGCCGAACACCACACUGUCACCGAUAAACUCAAAAGACAGCUGCAGGAUCAUGAGAAGGUGAAGACUUGUGAGGUAGAAGAUCUGCAGGUUCGCUUGAGUGCACUGGAGAUGGAGAGAAAGACCCUGCUGCUAGACAAAACCAACCUUAACACACACAUCAAACACCUGGAAACUGAGCAACAGCUGUCACAGCAAGCUAACAGGAAGGCUCAAAGGCGUAUAAGUGUUCUGAAGCAACAGGUUGAAGACUCUUUAGAAAAGGAGCUCAUCGCUCAUCAGUACCUUGCCAACAUCGUCACGCUUGCAGAGAAAACCACUCAUGAAAGAGACCAGCUCAUGCUCAUGGCUUCAACUCUGGAGAAAGACAAGCAGGGCGUCCUCACACGCAUCAUAGAAAGCACUGUAAACCUGGGAAAACUGCAGGAAAAAGUAAAGGUGUACAAACAGCAAGCAUCAGCGAGUGUAUGUGCACUGGGUCGGCGUCUCCGCGAGCAGGAGGAGGACUUUGCGGGGAAAUCAGCGAGUUAUCAACGAGAGAUCCAGCACCUGCAGAGCCAACUCAGAGACAGACAGGAGCAACUGCACGGAGCUCUGCAGCAGAAGAGGGAGGUGGAAGGUGAGUUGGAGGUGGUUUGGGAAGCAGCCACCAGAGAGAGUCAGCGCUUGAGAGAGGUGGUGUUGAGGAGCAGUUCGCUGAGUCCAGUCACUGUGGCUCCAGCCCUACACAGCACUUCCGGCCGGACUCCUGCCAGAAUCCCCCAUCUAGAGGAUCAUUUGUCGUGCUUGCUGCCCUCUCCCUUCAUCAGCAGACAGUCUUGUCUACCACAUCUGUCACAGCGCAGCCCCAUGUUUGACUCCGACUCCGACCAGCACCAGAAUCCAUCAUCUGAUGAGAGUGACAAGAGCGGACGAGACUCCUGAUGUUUCCAUAUCCUCCUUAAUUAGUCUUUUAGGUUCAUGAAUUAAUUUUCUGAAUUUAGCUGAAUGCUUAAUUUGUUUUCAUGUAAGAUACAUGAGGCCAUUAAAUACUUAGCCAUAUUCUUUCUGUUAAAUGUUUCAUUACUGUAAAAUUUUCACUCAUUUUUU